AUGAAGGCCCAACAAAAGGUCCAGGUGUUCAUUUUCGAGUCGGUUAAGAUAACAACUAUAAAGUAUGUUGUAGAUCCUGGAUUCAGCAAGAUGAAGUCGUAUAACCCGAGGACAGGGAUGGAGUUUUUGCUGAUCACUCCCAUCUCCAAGGCUUCAGCGACUCAACGCGCUGGUCGAGCUGGAAGAACAAGCGCGGGGAAGUGUUACCGUCUCUACACAGCGUUUAACUACAAGAACGACUUGGAGGAAAGCACGGUGCCGGAAGUGCAGAGGACGAAUCUCGCGAGCGUGGUGCUUGCUUUGAAGAGUCUUGGGAUCCAUGAUCUGAUCAGCUUUGAUUUCAUGGACCCUCCACCUGCUGAAGCACUCGUGAAGGCUUUGGAGCUUCUGUUCGGUCUGGGUGCUCUGAAUAAGGUUGGUGAGCUGACGAAAGCUGGUAGGAGGAUGGCGGAGUUUCCCCUUGAUCCCAUGUUGUCGAAGAUGAUUGUUGUUUCGGAUAAGUACAAGUGCUCAGAUGAGGUGUUAUCGAUUGCUGCUAUGCUGUCGGUUGGAGGGUCUGUCUUCUACGGGCCUAAGGACAAGCAGGUUCACGCUGACAAUGCGAGGAUGAAUUUUCACGCUGGAAAUGUCGGUGACCACAUUGCUUUGCUCAAGGUUUACAGCUCGUGGAAGGAAACGAACUACUCUACACAGUGGUGCUAUGAGAACUAUGUUCAGGUAAGGAGCAUGAAAAGAGCGAGAGAUAUCCGUGACCAGUUGGAAGGACUUGUGGAGAGAGUGGAAACAGAAAUCAGCUCAUCAAACAUGAACGAAUUGGAUUCGGUUAGGAAGUCCAUUGUAGCUGGUUUUUUCCCGCACACUGCGAGGCUGCAGAAGAAUGGAUCAUAUCGAACUGUGAAGCAUCCUCAGACGGUGCACAUACAUCCCAAUUCAGGCUUAUCUCAGUUAUUCUUUGUAGGUGUUGUUGUAUAUCAUGAACUAGUGCUCACCUCCAAGGAAUACAUGCGACAGGUAACGGAGUUGAAACCAGAGUGGUUGAUUGAGUUAGCUCCACAUUACUACCAGCUCAAGGACGUUGAAGAUGAUGCAUCAAAGAAAAUGCCCAAAGCUGCUGCGAUCUAACAAGUCAGACUGGAAACAACAGAUGUGGGAGGGGCGUAUAGAAAACUAACUUUGGCAGAUUGCUAAAAGAGCUCUCUUUACUACUAACUACAUUAACUUCUCUUUGGUGUUAGAAAAUAAUUACAAUGUUUAUGAAUAGUCCAAAUCAGUGACCACCUGUUCUUACUAUACAUAUCUCCACCUAAUUAUCAUAUAAAGCACACUGGUUUUUCUAUUAGUUUGCAGUUCAUGAACUAC